AGUCGCCAAACUCGCCACCACUCUUCCGCAUCCUGUUUUGAUUAGCUUUUCUCUAUCUUUCUUCUGCUCAUCUCAUAUCAUCUGUCCCCCCUCCUGUUCGUAAUCUUGAUUGAUUAAUUUUGCGUUUUUGUCCCGACUUUUCUUUGGAACCUGUCUGUGAUUCUUGGGGACAGAUCUUGGGGGUUCGUACAAGCAAUGCGGUCACCUUCAAUUCUCUCACAGUGCCUGGCCGGCUUCCUGUCGCAUGAAAAAGCUGCAGCCCACUGCGUUAAUGUCGUGCCCGAGAGAGAGUCACACCCUCCGUCACCAGCAGUCGAGAUUGUCCCGUCAAAGAAUGUUCAUCCAUACAAGUAUGCAGGCGAGAAUAUUGAAAUGCAUGGCAUGAAUAUAUUUAAGGGAAAGGUCAGUGUUGUCGAUAUUGUUGGUCUAUCUGGAUCAGAGGUUAUAACUCCAAAAGGUGAAGGGCCUCUGAAGUGCUGUGAGAGUUCAAUUGACCUAGUGAAUGUUCUUAAGAAUGAGAUCCGUGAUGGACUAUUGACAUUCAGAAGCAAACAGGUUUUAGAGCUUGGCUGUGGAUAUGGGCUUCCUGGGAUAUUUGCUUGCCUGAAGGGAGCUUCAACAGUGCAUUUUCAGGAUCCGAGUGCUGAAAUAAUAAGGUGCAAAACAAUACCCAAUGUGCUUGCAAAUCUUGAGCAUGCUCAAGACAAACAUGGUCAACAACAAGGAAGCCCCCUUACUCCAUCUCGGCAGCAAUUGCCUCAAGAUAUCCAUUUCUAUGCCGGGGAAUGGGAGGAGCUUCACACUGUUCUGUCAGUGAUUCAGGAGGAUGAGGUGGACACAUCAUCAGGUGUAGCACUAGAGUUCUGUGAAGAUGACUUUCUGGAUGGUUGCAGUAGCCAAGAUGCAAGCAAUAUUUGCCAUGAAACCUCUUCAAGGCGAUCAAGAAAACUAUCAGGAAGCCGUGCAUGGGAGAGGGGGAAUGAGACUACCACAGGAGAUGGUGGAUAUGAUAUACUGUUAGUCAAUGAGAUCCCUUAUUCUGCAAGCUCUCUUCAAAACCUCUAUUUGCUCGUAAAAAAGUGCCUAAGGCCGCCAUAUGGGGUGAUGUACCUUGCUGCAAGGAAGAAUUACAUCGGCUCGAGCAGCGCGGUGCGGCAGCUCCGAUCCCUGGUGGAUGAAGAAGGCGCAUUUGGCGCGCACCUCGUCUCUGAGCCCCCAGAGAGGGAGAUCUGGAAGUUCUUCUUCAAGUAGUAGUAAACUAGUAGUUCUUCGGUGUGGCGCUGCAAAUUUCAUCACAAGCUGCGAUGAUCACCAGUUCUGUACAUAAUAUACUUUCAGAGUUCCAGCCAUGUUUUUUGUGUCGUUUUUGGGCUUUUUUUCCCCCUCGGAAGUGUGGUAUUAUUAUGAUGAAAAUUCAUGACAACUCAAAACCAGUAUUCGUUGUUCAGCUGCCAAAUAUUUUUGAGUUUGUUAUGCUGAGUUAUCACUUAUCACCAGUAUUGAUUUGUUGAAUUAUUAUCAUUUUUAA